GCAGCAUGUUAGCAAACAGACUGAGCACGGCCAGCCGCCGGCAGCUGGAGCCCUGCACUUGGAGCGGACGGUGAGCCGGGCACGCCGGACACAGAGGAGAGGCAGGGAUGGAGGCGAGGUGAUGCCAAAGGCACGGAGGACACAAUGGCCAGGCGCGGUGCUGGGACACCCUUCUUGCCGCAGCUCUCCCUGCUCCUGCUCCUGCACUUGGGCGGGACACUGGGCUGCGCCUCGGUGACUGUGGGCUCCCCCACUGUGCCCCUGGGCUCGGCUGUCACGGCGUCCUGCACCAUCCAGAGAGAGCUCUGCCGCGGCUUGGAGCACGAGAAGGUCCGGAUCAGCUGGAUGCUGGACAACAAGCUUGUGGUUGGCAGCCAGCACCAGGGUCCAGGGGGCACGGAGGUGUCCAACCUCACCCUGCCCCGGUUCAACCACACACACGCCAGGCUGUGGUGCUGUGUGGAGUGGAAUGGGACCAAGCAGCGCGUUCACAUGGCCGAGAUCAGGGCGGGCUACCCUCCUGCGAAGCCCCUCAACCUCAGCUGCGCCCUGAACCUCAGUGACUACGGGCUGACGUGCCGAUGGGAGCAGGAAACCGACAGCCACCUCCCCACCAGCGUCGUUCUGAAGUGCACCGGGAGCAGAGGGCAGGCAGUGACGGGCUGCAUCCCGCGAGGAGGGCACAGGCACUGCACGGUGCCACGCCGGCUGCUCCAGCUGUACCGGCAAAUGGAGAUCUGGGUGUCUGCCACCAACGCCCUGGGCACAGCCGAGUCAGAGCAUCUCCACAUCGACCCCAUGGACGCGGCCAAGCUGGACCCCCCAACCCUGCAGAGCAUCCAGUCCAUCCCCUUCCAGACCGACUGCAUUGCCCUGGCCUGGGAUGCGGCGUGGGGCACAGAGCAUAUGGACCUGCAGUGUGAGCUGCGCUACCGAGCUCCCGAGGACCCUGCCUGGGCCCUGGUCACCGGUAUCAUCGGCCGGGCCGGCACCGCGCAGCACUGCGGCUUCCUCUUCGGCACGCAGUACCACUUCCAGAUGCGGUGCCGGCGGAACUCAGCAUCGGCGUUGGCUUACUGGAGUGAGUGGAGCCCGGGUAGGAACUACACCACACACGAGAAAGCCCCCACAGGGAAGCUGGACGCGUGGUGGGAGGCUCAGCUGGCUGGGACAGGGGGGCGGCUGGAGGUGCAGCUGCGCUGGAAGGCCCCACGGCAGCGGGAGGCCAACGGGCGAGUGCUGGGCUACCGCGUCACCCUGAGCCCCCGGAGGAGGGGCAGGGACCCUUCCACCGUCUGCAACACCACCCACACCCAGUGCAACUUCUCGGUGCCCGCGGGGACCAGAAGGGUUUAUCUCUCAGCCUACAACAGCGCCGGCGAGUCGGCACCGACCGAGGUCGCCCUCCUGGAGAGAAAAGGUCAGCCCCUGGCUGGGCUCCGGGCCGUGCCCGGGGGCGAGCGCAGCCUCUGGGUGCACUGGGAGGCACCGCUGGCCCCAGUGAUCGCCUACGUCCUGGAGUGGCAGCGGGUGACAGCAGAGCCUGGGCACUGCAGCGCAUGCUGGCAGAUGGAGCGUGACGGGGCAGCCACCACAGCCCUUAUCCAGGAUGGCAUCGAGCCUUUCCAGCGGUACAACAUCUCACUGUACCCCCUCUAUGAGGACACUGUUGGGGUGCCGGUCCACACCACAGCCUACUCCCAGCAGAAGGCACCAUCCCACGCCCCAAAGCUUCAUCUGAAGAGGAUCAGCAAGUCAGAGGCCGAGCUGUGCUGGGAGCCGCUGCCAGUGGAGAUGCAGAACGGCUUCAUCACCAGCUACACUGUCUUCUGGGCCAACAGCAUCACCAACGGGGCCAGUGCCACCGUGAAUCCUUCCCUCAGCUCCUUUGUCAUCCGGGGGCUGAAGCCAUCGACCCUGUACAAGGUGCACAUCAUGGCAUCCACGGCCGCCGGCAGCACCAACGGCACCAGCCUGACCCUGGUGACCAGAGUCCUGGAUGACACCGAGAUCCAGUUCCUCUUCCUGACCCUGGGGCUGGUCUUCGUCGUGCUCAUAGUGUUGCUCAUCUGCUUCCAGAAGAACGAGCGGAUGAAGGAGCAGCUCUGGCCCAGUGUCCCCGACCCCGCCAACAGCAGCCUGGGCAAGUGGGUGCCGGCAGCGGUGCCGCAGGAGCCGCUCCAGGUCCUCGCCCCGAGGGAGCCCGGCCCGGCCGCCAUCUCCACGGUCAUUGUACUGGAAGGGGAACCGGGGAAGCAGCCGGGGAAGGAACACCCCACCCUGCCCGCCGCCCUCCCGGCGCUGCACCGGCCCUACGUGCGGCAGGAGGGUCCCGUGGAGCCCGUGCAGUACGCGCGGGUGGGGGGUGGGGGGUACCGGGGCCAGCGGCUGCUCCCCGAGCCCGGUCCCCGGUUCUACGAGAACCUGCGAGGCGGCGGCGGCGGCAGCGCGGGUGACUGGGGGUUCCUGGAGGAGCCCCCCGCCACCUUCCCGCUGCUGCAGGGGCUCCGCAUCGGCGGGGCCGAGGAGCUGCACGAGUGCCGGGCGGACUAG